UCUCCCCCCACCCCCACUCCACUCCGAUCCCCCGCCCCGCACCGCCGCCCCCAGAUCCGCCCCAACCCUAGCGUCGCCGUCGCCGUCGCCCCCCUCCCCGGCCCCGCCGCCGCCGCCGCCAUUACAGGGUGAUCGAGGAGGGAGAGGGGGAGAAGCGCGGCCGAUCGCUCGGUCAGGGUGGGGACCAAGGAGCGGAGGAUGUCGAGGAGGGCGGUGAAUCCCGGCCGCCGGGCCUCGGACGGGGGCCUGCCCACCGUCGCCAGCCUGCUCCACCACAAGUCGCGCUCGCCGUCCGUGCUCACCAUCGCCCUGCUCCUGCUGGGGGUGAUUAUUCUGAUCGUCUAUUUCAACAGCGGCUCAGGUGGGUUGCAAAUUCCCAGCUUCGGUGUAACUGUUACGAGCAGAGAAGCUGUGAGCAGAGCUGAAGGUUCUUGCACAUCAGAAGUUAUCCAGGCACUUCCUUAUCUUAAAAAGGCGUACGGCAGUGCUAUGCAGAAGGUUCUCCAUGUAGGCCCAGAUAGCUGUACAGUAGUUUCUAACUUGUUGAAAGAAGGGAAGGAAGCAUGGGGAGUGGAGCCUUAUGAUUUGGAGGAUGCUGAUAGUAGCUGCAAAAGCCUUGUGCGCAAGGGCUUUGUUCGUUUGUCUGAUAUCAAGUUCUCUCUUCCAUACCGCCCAGAUUCUUUUAACCUUGUUGUUGUGUCAGAUGCUUUGGAUUAUCUGACCCCAAGGUAUCUGAACAAAACACUUCCUGAUUUAGCAAGGGUCUCCACCGAUGGCCUUGUUAUCUUUACUGGCAAUCCAGGACAGCAGAAGGCCAAAGUUUCUGAGCUACCAAAAUUUGGAAGACCAGCGAAGCUGCGGAGUAAUUCAUGGUGGACACGCUACUUUAUCCAGACAGGCUUGACAGAGAACGAAGGGCCAUUGAAGAAGUUUGAGCAGGCUGCUUCCAAGGGCAACUAUGAGCCGGACUGUCAAAUCUUCCACCUCAGCUCAUAGUAUCUUGCUGCGGAUCGGGGCAGCGCCUAUCCAUGACGCCUUGGAUCACCCGCCACACCGUUUUUGUAAGCAACAUCUUUCUCCUGCUUAUCCCGACUGUAUGCGGAGGAAGUGUCACACGAAGAGAGCCACAGCCCCUUCUGCCGUAGGUAGUGUGUGUAGAGAGGCUUUACCAGCUGUUGCUAGAUGAUUCUUUCUGGAGAUUAAAUUAUGUGUUAUAUUAAGCAAGCGAGGCCAGACGACAGAUAUAUAUGCAAGAACUUUACACUGUUGUACUAUGUGUUACAUUAUUGGGUGUCAAAUGUAAACUCCUCCAAGAGAGGCUGAUUGUCAUGUGACUUUGAUGGGUGUCAUUGUCGUAAUUUGGAUGAUGUUUGAGGUA